CACCAUCAUGUUUUAUGGUAUAAAAUUUUACUACCAAACAUUAUCAUUGCAGUAAAGAGUAAAGGUAAAGAGUAGAGACUAUAAUAUAUGCCUCAAAUUUUUUUAUUUUGAAAUAUAUCAAAGUGGAUAUAAUUUUGAACAUUGUAAAUUAAUUCUUCUGCAAAUUUUGUUAAUUCCUAUUUUUUGGUUAAUUUAUUAUAUUCUAAAUGGAAAAAUAAAUUCCUAUUAAAUUUAAAUAAGGAAAAUUAUCCAUAACCAACCAAAUCCACUCCUGCGGAUCAGUUACAGUCUUACAGACCUAGCAAUAAUGUAAGUCCAAAUCCAGAACGGAAUAUUUGAGGGAAUAUUCUGUCUAGGAAGUCGAACCCGCUCUGUCUGCCUCUGCCUCUGCCCUAUCCUAUCCAAUCCGCCCUUUCCUUUCUGACAUUUGACUCAGUUUCCGCCUCUGCCCGCGUCUCUCACCUUCUUCUUUCUCUCUCCUCCCUCCUUGUUUCCCAAAUCCCCCAAUCCCCUUUAAAUUCGCUCAUCCGCUUCUUUUACGAUACCCUUUCUUUAUUCCUCUUCGCCAUCGUCACCAUAUAUAACCGUUUCUACCCGCCAGAAACCAGAAAAGAAAAUCAACCGGAGAAUGUGCAGCAGCGGCCAGAUUUCGGAGUCGGAACAGCUGCAGCUUCUCGAGAAGCUGGAAGUUGUGAGGAUCAGCGGCCGAGAUAAACGCGGCCGCAAGGUCCUGCGGAUUAUCGGCAGAUAUUUUCCUUCACGAUUGGUGACCGCUGAGGCGCUAAAGAAGUAUCUGGAGGUGAAGAUCUUCCCAAAGCUCAGCAGGAAGCCUUUCACGGUGGUUUACCUCCACACCGGGGUUCAGAGGUCGGAUAACUUCCCCGGAAUAUCUUCUCUCCGAUCUGUCUACGACGCCAUACCGGCCAAUGUCAAGGACAAUCUGCAGGCCGUUUACUUUGUUCAUCCAGGCCUUCAGGCUAGGCUCUUCCUCGCCACCUUCGGCCGUUUCCUCUUCUCCGGCGGGUUGUACGGGAAGCUUAAAUACAUAAGCCGCCUUGAUUAUCUGUGGGAGCACAUCAGGAGGCACGAGGUGGAGAUUCCAGAGUUCGUCACCGAUCACGACGAGGAUUUGGAGGAUCGUCCGAUGAUGGACUACGGAAUCGAGAGCGAUCAUCCCAGGGCUCACACGGCCAUCAUGGACUCCCCUGUCUCCACCUACUCCAUGAGGUGUAUCUCGUAGCCGGCCGAGCUCUUCGGAAAUUUUCAUUUCUUUUUUCUGUUUGUUUACGUUUUGGAGUUCUAGGGAAGGACGAGAACUCCAAGCAUUGUAAAUAUUAUCUUUAGAAAAGCAGGGGAAAACCAAAGUUCAUAAUGGAUGGACCUUUUUCGGAAAUAACAAUAUAAAACACUGCUUCUGGGAUCUUUGUUAUUGACAAUGUAGAGUACAGGCCCUUUCUCUUCUCUUUUGCUGCUCACGUCUUCUUCUGUCUCUUAUUCGGAGACUGGGAAUCAUCCA